AUGCUGAAAACGAUAUCAAACGAGGAUCAACACCAACAACCAACGAUUCAAAUAGAUGACAUGGAAGAAGAGAUGAAUAAUAGCAGCAUCAGCAGUAGCAGCAGCAGCGGCGGCAAUAACGAUGGUGGUAACAGCAAAAAGAAAGUUGUAUCACGAAUUUCCAUGUUCUUUCAUCAAAAGAAGGAAAAGCAAAAGACACCUGCAUCAGAGAGUGAUGAACCUUAUAUCUGGAGUGGCAAUUACAUGUGCAACCCUGAUGCAACACAAGCAGCGGUUGACCAGCAACACCAACAAAGCCACGGCUUGUACCCUUCAACAGACCAUCAUCUUGACCCAUUCUCUUCAUCCAUGUCCACUGGCACAUCUCCUCAAAACAACCUUGUCUCUCCCAUUGCAGCAGCUACUGCAGCUACCACACCUACUCCUACUGCUACCACGGCAACGACGACUCUCUCGGAUAGCAACAACAACAACGCAACGAAUGACCUGAAUAACAACAACAACUCGAGUGAGCAUUUAUCAUCAUCACCAUCACCCACAGGUGGCGAAGGAGGAGCUGUGGGUAUUGAACGUAAAGCAUCUGUGCGUACCAACACGACACAACCUGAUGAAGAAAGUACACAGCCAGCUACAGGAGUGGAUAGUAAAGUGAAUCAACUACGUGCCGAGUUACGACGUCAACGACUUGGAUUGGAAAAUCUCGAGAUUGAACGGCAACAAUAUCGAUCAGAUUGUCGGGCAUUGAUGGAUCGUCUUGGACAGCUUAAGGAACGAUUGCAACAAAGACAGCAAGCACGUGAACAGCUACAAAAAAGUUAUGAGGAUCAUAUGCGAUCAUUGAGAGCAACCGAUGAUGAUCUCACCAGUAUCAGUGCCAAGAUUCGCAAGUUGAGACAUAUGAUUUCUACUUUGGCUGAUGAUUUAUUGGAAAAUGUCGAUCCUGUCAGAGCUACAUUUACUCUACGUGAUUUCUGGCUCAACCUACGCGAGCCUAUCGAGCAAAUGGGCACUCCUCUGAAGCUGAACCAGAUUCGAAUGCUUACUGAAAAGUAUAUGAUGGACUUUUUGAUCCUCAACAUGACACCUUACAAGUUCCCGGGCUUACCACCUCAUAAGCAAUACAACCAACUUGAAAUGUGGCUGAAGAAUCAUGAUCGUAAUGCGGCUGUACGUUUGCGUCAGGAACUUGCACGUGCCAUUGUGCGUACAUCAAAGGAUCGAAACAAUACAUUACUCGAGGAGGAGACUCGUCAAACGAUUCAAGGGCUAUACAAGAAUCUCAACGAAGCAUACCCUUACAUGCAACAAUAUGACAAGGUGGAGAAUGAUCCUACGCGUCGAUAUGAACACAAAGUGCGUGAGUUGGUCGAGUUUUCCUUGCAACUUGGAUUUGCUAUGAAAGGUCAAGAAGUGGAUAUUGCUGCUACCCUUGUACAAGAAGGCACUCAAUUAUUCAACCCGGCUCUUAUGGAGGAAGAACAAGGUCUCAAAUCAGGGGUCAUUGAGUUUUGUAUUUGUCCACCAUUUGUUGUAUACAAUGCUAUGCCAUACACACUUCUCGAGAAAGGACGUGUUUAUUGUCAUCCACAACGAGCACAAUAA